UCAGGCAAAAUGCUGCCCUUUCCCCUGCCCACUUUUAGGGCACAGGCUGGGCUACUAGAGAGUAAGCUGCUUAUAUAAGCCCAGCUACUUGGUGAGCUGAACUAGUCAGAUGCCUUCAGCAGGUGAGACAAAUCAGAGCAGAAAAGUUAAAGAAAAGAAAACUCAUGCACACACUCACACAGAAUCUGCAGAUUACCUGAACUUCCUUCUUUUGCUGUUUUGUAGCCAUGGCCAAGAGGCUGCUGCUGCUUUUGACCGGGCUGGCGCUCCUAUCCGGGUUCUGUGGAGCAGAUUACCGUGGGAAGGAAUUUGUAACAUGCUACCUGCAGAACUACUUGGCAAGCCAACAAAGUCCUAGGCUUGAGCUGCUUAUCACCGGAUAUCACCCUGCAACCACCGUCACAGUCACCGUGAACAAAUCUGCCUUUCAGAAAACGGUUUUAGUCAAUGAGAAGGAGACCGUGUCCGUUGUGGUCCCGGCCUCUUUGGAGUUGACGGGGAACAAUAUAUUUGAUGGGGUUGUGAGGAUCCAAGCUGACAAAGAUAUCUUAGUCUUUUCCUACAACUACAAGCUGACAUCAAGUGCUGCCACAGUCGUGUACCCAGUUCAGCAGCUGGGCACACAAUAUUAUGUGGUAACCCCAGAAGGGCAUCUCUCAAACACUUUCAAGGAAUUUGCAGUUGUAGCCUAUCAGUUUCCCACUCAGGUCACUAUUCACCUGAAAGGGGCUGUGACAUUCCAAGGGAAGGUUUAUGGUGCAGGGAGCAGGCUUGCUGUUGACCUCAAAGCCUUCCAAGCGAUUCAGCUGCAAAGCUCAGUUGAUUUGUCUGGCAGCAAGGUUGAAUCAGAUGCGCCCGUGGCUGUUUUGAGUGGGCACAGCUGUGCCAUACAGUUCUCAGAAUGUGACCAUGUCGUUGAGCAGCUCUUGCCUGUUUCCAGCUGGGGCACCAGCUUCAUAGUUCCUCCACUGUCUUUUCAACCUAGAGUAGACAUUGUGUAUGUCAUCGCUUCCCAAAAUACUUUGAUCCAAUACCAGUCUGGGGUCACCCAAGACUCCCGCCGUGCUGUGGCUGGAGAAAUCCUGCGGUUUGAGAAGCAGCCCUCUCAGGCCCUUCACUUCUUUGCUGAUGUAGGAAUCCAGGUCCUAUUUUUCUACACUGGUACCAAUAAUGGAAAUUGCCAGUACGAUCCAUUCCUCAUCAAUGUUCCAGCCUUAACAAGCUAUUGCACGUCAUAUCACAUUGAUGGGAUUAAGGACUUUGAUAAUUUUGCUGUCAUCAUGGCCAAAACCUCUGUUUCUGGUGGGAUCACAUUGGAGAAAAAACCCAUUACCAAUGUUGAAUGGGCAACAGUCCCUGGAACAGAAUAUUCUUUUGCUCUACUCAGCUUGGGCAAAGAAGCCAGUGCCCUCUCUGUAGAACAUCCCACCACUCCUUUUGGGCUCUUCAUCCUUGGAGGUGCCAAAAGCAAUGGUUAUGCCUCCGUGGCCAUUUGCUCUUGUGACAAACCAGUGUCUCCAUGCAGCUUGAUCCAGUGCAGGAAGAAGGAAAAGUGUAAAAUCGUAGGAGGUGAUCCAGUGUGUGUGCCAGAGUCUGAAUCCAGCUGUUGGGCCCAGGGAGAUCCUCAUUAUCACACCUUCGAUGGGAAGAAAUUUGACUUCAUGGGCACCUGUACCUACACUAUUGCCAAGACUUGCGGCUCGGACGCAACUCUUCCUUCCUUCAGUGUUGAAGCCAAGAAUGAGAACAGGGGAGGAAAUACUCGUGUUUCGUACAUUGGCUCUGUGACAGUCACAGUCUAUAACACCAUCAUCAAGGUGGUCAGAAAUGAGAAAGGCUUUGUGAGGGUGGACAACCUGCGGUUCCGCCUGCCCAUCUCCCUGAAUGAAGGGAAACUCCGUCUCUACCAGAGUGGGAGCUCUGUCUUCGUUGAGACAGAUUUCUCCCUGAAGGUCUCCUAUGACUGGAACAGCUACCUGGUGGUGAAGCUCUCCAGCAGCUUUUAUGAAAAUGUCUGUGGUCUUUGUGGCAACUACAAUGGAGACCCUGCUGAUGACUUCAGCACCCCCACUGGGGCCUUGGCUCCCAACCCCAAUGAGUUUGGAAAGAGCUGGAAGGUGGACGAUGGCGAUAGGUUGUGUUGGGAUGACUGCCAUGGGGAAUGCAAAACCUGCUCCCCAGAGAUGGCCAAGAAGUAUGAAGGCGAACCAUACUGUGGCUGGCUCAUCAAAGGAGAGGAUGGCCCAUUCAGCAAGUGUCAUUCUGUGAUCGACCCCAACCCCUAUCUGGGGAACUGUGUCUAUGACCUCUGCAUGAAUGAUGGCCUGAAGGAGCUUCUUUGUGAUGCGCUGAAUUCCUACGCAGUUGCUUGCCAGGAAAAAGGAGUUUCUAUAUCUGACUGGAGGUCCCGCACUGGUUGCGGUGUAUCCUGCCCCGAGAACAGCCAUUACGAGCUCUGUGGGUCUCCAUGUCCUGCCACCUGCAAUGACCAAGCUGGGCCCAAGAACUGCUCCUCGAUGUGUUGCGUGGCAGGCUGCCAAUGUAAUGAGGGCUUUGUGUUGGAUGCUGGGAAAUGCAUCCCCAAGUCUGCCUGUGGGUGCGUGUUUGAGGGGAAGCACUUUCUUCCCGGUGAGCACUUCUGGGGAGACAAGACAUGUACGAAAAGGUGCUUCUGUGACCCACAGACAAGACAAGUGAGCUGCCAGGCAGUGAGCUGCGGAAAGGGAACGGAGUGUAGGGUCGAGGGUGGCAUCCAGAACUGCUACCCAACCAGUUUUGGCAACUGCUCUGGCUCUGGCGACCCGCACUACAUUAGCUUCGAUGGGCGGAAGUUUGACUUCCAGGGCACCUGUGUGUAUCAGUUCACUGGGCUGUGUGAGAAGAGGGACGACCUGGUCGAUUUCCAGGUCCUCGUCGAAAAUGACCAGCGAGGCGGCCAGUCUGUGUCUUACACCCGGGUUGUAGAGGUGAAAGUUUAUGGGGCAUCCAUUGUGAUGAGCAGAGGGAACCCUGCAAAAGUCAUGGUGAACGACUUGCUGACCAACCUGCCCUACAGCAUCGACAUCAGCAAAAUCUCCGUAUACAGGAGAGGGCAAGGGGCAGUGGUCCAGACAGACUUCCAACUGACCGUCAUCUUUGAUGGGAUAAGCCGGGUCACUGUGUCUGUGCCCAGCAGCUACCAUGGCGCCCUGUGUGGUCUCUGUGGGAACUUCAAUGGCAACAAGCAGGAUGAUCUAACCAUGAAAGAUGGCACAGUGGCUCCACACCCAUCAGACUUUGGUCAGAGCUGGAAAGAACGGGAGGUGCCAGGCUGCAGCAAAGGGGGCACGGAAGAAUGCCCUGCUCUGUCGGCCAUUGAGAAGAAUCAACGGAACCUCAACAAGGAGUGCGGGCUUAUCCUAGCCAAGAGCGGCCCCUUCAGAGAAUGUCACAGCAAAGUGGAUCCAGAAGGAUUCUUCCAAGAUUGUGUGUACGAUUAUUGCUUCUUUGACGGCCAACAAUCUGUGAUCUGCCAGGUCAUUGCCAGCUAUGCUGCAGCGUGCCAGGAAGCUGGGGUGACUCUCUAUCCUUGGAGAUCGGACACCUUCUGCAGUCUUCCCUGCGCUCCGAAUAGCCACUACGAGCUCUGUGCGAGAGGUUGUGCUCAGACCUGCGGCAGCUUUUAUGCUACAGUCCCUUGUUCGGCUACGUGCCACGAAGCCUGUGUGUGCGACGAGGGCUUUUUGCUGAGCGGUGAUCAAUGUGUGCCCACAUCCCGGUGCGGCUGUCUCUACCAAGGCCACUACUACCCGGCAGGAGAGACUUUCUACCCAACCUGUCAGGAGCGUUGCAUGUGCCAAGCUGGGGGGAGUAUUGCGUGUGUCUCAUUCUCCUGUGGUCCCAAUCAAGAAUGCCGAUUGUCAGAUGGCGUCCGGAAAUGCUACCCCGUUGGCAAUGCCACCUGUUCUGGUUCGGGUGACCCUCACUAUCUCUCCUUCGAUGGACGGGCCUUUGACUUCCAAGGCACCUGCACUUAUACCUUGGCUACGGUUAACACAGGCAACCGGCUCUUGAGAUCCUUUGCGGUUAACGUGGAAAACGAGGCCUGGGGGAAUGGGAAGGUGUCCGUUACCAAGAUGGUUUCUGUCUCAGUCUACGGCAUUACACUUACAUUACUGCAGAACAAGCAAGGUCAAGUGAUGGUGAACGGCUUGAUCUACACUGUCCCUAUAUCCUUGUCUGCUGGGCGGGUCAGAGCCUAUCAACAUGGCACAAAAGUCCUGAUAGAAACUGACUUUGGUCUCAUUGUGAGCUAUGACCUGGUUUACCGUGUGACAGUCACAGUCCCAAGCACUUACCAGAGUGAGAUGCGAGGCCUCUGUGGGAACUACAACGGGAAGAAGGAGGAUGACUUCCUGCUACCCGAUGGAAGCACAACUUCCGAUGCAGGUGCCUUUGGUGCUUCCUGGAAGGUUCCAGUCCAUGGGGCAGCUGGAUCUUGCUCAGAUGGAUGCUCUGGAAACAGCUGCCCAGUCUGUGAUGAAAGGAAGAAGGACAUCUUCAAACAGCGCCACUACUGCGGGAUCCUCACUGCGCCUGAUGGCCCCUUCAGUGCUUGCCACGGAAAGGUCGAUGCCAGUUUAUACUUCAGCGACUGCAUCUAUGACCUGUGCAUGGGCAACGGGGACAGCCAGGUCUUGUGCAACAGCAUCCAGAGCUACAUAUCUGCCUGCCAAGCGACCGGGGUCUCUGUCAAGCCUUGGAGGAGCCCUGGCUUCUGUCCUAUGCGCUGCCCUGUCAACAGUCACUAUGAGAUCUGUGCCCAGCUCUGCCCCACCUCCUGUGCCAAGAUCACAGACCCUGCACCCUGUCCGAAGACUUGUGCCGAGGGCUGCCAGUGUAAUGAUGGUUUCUUCUUUGAUGGUGUUGGCUGUGUCUCUGCAAAAGACUGUGGGUGCAUAAAGAAUGGACGCUACUAUAAGCCCAAUGAGAAGGUUCUGCUGAAUGCAUGCCAGGAGAUCUGCCACUGCAUCCCAGGCUUCGGAGUAAUUUGUGAGGCCCACAACUGCGCUGCCGAUGAGAUGUGCAAGAUCCAAGAUGGAGUCAUGGGUUGCAUUAAUAAGGAUCCAUGUAAAUCCCUGAAGUGCCGAGAAAAAGAAACAUGCAAGAUUGUGAACGGCCAGGCCAAAUGCAUCCCUAACUUCUCAGGAAUUUGCUGGGCCUGGGGGGACCCACACUACCAAACCUUUGACAAAAAGAAGUUUGAUUUCCAGGGCACUUGUUCUUACACUAUUGCCAAGUACUGUGGGAAUGAUGCUACGCUGGUGCCUUUCACUAUCGAUGAGAAGAACGACAACAGGGGAAACCAGGCUGUGUCCUACGUGCGUCUGACCAACAUCUAUGUCUAUGGGUACAAGAUCUCCAUCCACAAACAGGAAACUGGAAGAAUCCGGCUGAAUGACAACAUUGUCAGCCUUCCACUGACUCUUGAAGGUGGCAAGAUCAAGCUGUACCAGAGCGGCGCCAAUGCUGUCUUGCAAACAGAUUUCGGCCUCCAAGUGACGUACGAUUGGAAAUGGCACCUGGUGAUCACUCUCCCCAGCAGCUACUAUGGGGCCAUGUGUGGGCUCUGUGGAAACUUCAAUCAAAACCCUGCAGAUGACAUGAUCUUUCCCAAUGGCACCAAGGCUGCCUCCAUAAUAAGCUGGGCCAGCAGCUGGAAAGUCAAGGACCGGGACCCCUUUUGUUGGGAUUACUGCCGAGGGAAUUGCCCAACAUGUGAUGAGAGCAAGAGGGCGCUGUAUGGAAAGGAAGAGUAUUGUGGGCUGAUCAGCAAAACCUCAGGGGGCCCCUUCAGAGAAUGCCAUUCCAUAGUGAAUCCAGAUGACUUCUUUGACAGCUGCAUUUAUGACGUGUGUCUCAAUGGAGGGGCCAAGAACAUCCUUUGCCAGGCCUUGGAGGCCUAUGCUAAAACCUGUAGGAAAGAGGGUGCCGUCAUAUACGAUUGGAGGACAGCCUCUGGCUGUGCCUUGCCGUGCCCUCAGAAUAGCCACUAUGAGUUCUGUGGCAAUGCCUGCCCCGCCAGCUGCUCUGACCGCACGGCUCCCUCUUUCUGCACGCAGCCAUGCGUGGAAGCCUGCCAGUGCAACAAUGGCUACGUCCUCAGCGUCGACAAGUGUGUGCCUGUUGGGAGCUGUGGCUGCACCUACAAUGGGCUCUACUACAAACCCGGAGAGGAGUUCUGGGCUGAUGAAACCUGUGGUUUCCGCUGCACGUGUGACCCCACCCUGGGCAUCGCGGUGUGCAAACCAGCUGGCUGCAAAGACAGUGAGCAGUGCACUGUGGUCAAUGGAGUCCGGGGCUGUUAUCCUGUAAGCACCGCUACUUGCUCAGCAACCGGGGACCCUCACUAUACGACCUUUGAUGGGAAGAAAUAUGACUUCAUGGGCACCUGUGUCUACCAGCUGGCUGGGCUCUGCUCUAAGGACCCGACUCUCAGGCCUUUCACUGUCAAUGUGGAGAACAACAUCCGAGGCAACCCAAAGGUGUCUUACACCAAAGUGGUGACUUUGAAGGUCUAUGAUGUAACCAUGAUCAUGAGCCAGGAGCAUCCACGCAGGAUUCAGGUCAAUGGUGUCUUUGUGAACCUUCCUUUCUACCAUGAAGACAAGAUAAAAGCUUACAUCAGUGGGAAUGAGGGCGUCAUCAAGACUGAUUUUGGCCUGACGGUAGCCUUUGACUGGAACACCAAUGCCAAAGUCACUGUACCCAGUACAUACGCCAAUGCCGUUUGUGGCCUCUGCGGCAACAACAACUUGAACCCCAAUGAUGACUUGACCAUGAAGGAUGGGAGUCAUGCAUCCAGCAUCUCCCAAUUUGCGGAGAGCUGGAAAGUGGGAGAGGCCCCUGGGUGCACACCGGGUUGCACCACCGAUUGCCCGCCAUGUGGAGAGGCACAGAAAGAAACCUACAAGGGCGACCAGUACUGUGGCAUCCUCAUCAAAAAGGAUGGGCCAUUCUGGCGAUGCCAUGAUGUCCUUGACCCAACACCCUACUUCACAGAUUGUGUCUUUGACACCUGCCAGUAUCACGGUCAGCAUAAAAUUCUGUGCGAUGCCAUCAGCGUCUACGUGGCAGCAUGUCAGGCUCUGGAAGUUGAGAUUGAAGAAUGGAGAUCAAACUCUUUCUGCAGCCCUGCCUGCUCACCCAACUCUUACUACGAGCUCUGCGGAAACGGCUGCCCUGCCACUUGUCAUGGUCUCUCGGCUCCCGAUGGCUGUGAGAUGUCCUGCAAAGAAGGAUGCUAUUGCAAUCCAGGGUUUAUCUUGAGUGGGGACCAGUGCGUCUCCAUUGGCGAUUGUGGCUGUGAGCACCAGGGCAACUACUACAAGAAGGGCGAGGUUUUCUACCCUGGUUCCUCUUGCCAGGAACGAUGCCAAUGUGCAGAAAAUGGAGUUGUCAAAUGCCUGGACUUCUCCUGUGGGCCCCAUGAGGAGUGUAGGGUGAAGGACGGUGUCCAAGGCUGUCAUCCUAUAGGGUCUGGCACAUGCAGUUUGGCCGCAGGCUCCCACUACCUAACUUUUGAUGGACGGGCCUACGACUUCCAGGGAACCUGCACUUAUACUUUAGCUAAAGUCCACAGUGUGGGUUCUCAGCUGGCAAACUUCUCAGUGUUGGUGGAGAAUGAAAAGUCUUUUACCAAGAUGCUUGUGGUCUCUUGUCAUGGAUAUACUGUUGUUAUUGAGAGGGCAAUAAAGUGGAAAGUCAAGGUGGGUGGAGAGCUCUAUACGCUGCCCAUGAGGACAAAGGAUGGGAAACUCUGGGCCAACCAGGAAGGCAACAAUAUCAUUCUCCAGUCCAGCUUGGGUCUCCAAGUCCUUUUUGACACCUCCUCUUAUGUACUGGUGUCUGUCCCCAGUAUCUAUCAGGGAUUUGUCAGUGGCCUAUGUGGCAAUUUCAAUAAGGACAAGACUGAUGACUUUACUCUACCCACGGGGGAAAGAACCCAGAAUGUGGAAGAGUUUGGGGCCUCUUGGAAGGUUCCCAUUGAUGGUGCCAGAUGCUCCGAUGGUUGUGGAGAUAAAUGCCCCGUCUGUGAUGCAGCCAAGACAGCGCCAUACCGACCCGAGAGUUCCUGCGGAAUGAUCCAAGCCAAAUCCGGCCCCUUCAGGAACUGUCACUCCUUGGUAGACCCUGCUGAAUACUUCAACCACUGUCUGUAUGACAUGUGUGCAGCCAAUGGUGCAGGAGAAACUCUCUGCAGAAGCAUCCAGGCUUAUGUAGCUGCAUGUCAGGCUGCAGGAGUCACAAUUGGAGCCUGGAGAACAAACAACUUCUGCCCUCUCACUUGCCCAUCCAACAGCCACUACGAGUUGUGUACAAAGACCUGUGAUUUCACCUGCACCAGCUUAUCCACUCCAGGCCGGUGCACAAAACAAUGCUUUGAAGGUUGCCAGUGUGAUUACGGCUACCUGUUUGAUGGUGACAAGUGUGUGGCAGUGGGGAACUGUGGCUGUGCGCAUGAUGGGCGCUACAUCAAGGCUGGCGAGACAGUUGUUUUUGAAGGUUGCUCAACCAACUGCACUUGUCGCCCAAUAGGCCAACUGGUCUGUGCGGGAACUAGCUGCCAGUUAGGAGAGAUUUGUGCCCUCCACAAUGGUGUGCGUGGUUGCAGGGGACAGGAAGGCGAGUGCGUCAUUGUCCCUGGAGCACGGUUGACCUCCUUUGAUGGUGUCUCUGGGGGAAUCCUUCACGAAGGAGCUUACGAAGUGGCUUCCCUUUGCAAUGAAAACGACCUCUUUUGGUUCAGGAUCAUAGCAGUGGUCAAGAAAUGCAACGAAAUGGAUUUGCCAUCAGUGUCGAUGAUACAUGUAUUUUUCCAAAGGAUGCUUAUCACUGUAAAAACAAACAAAGAGACCUGGGUCAAUGGGCACCAAGUGACGCUCCCGGCAAUGGUAUCUGCAGGUGUCUCCAUAAGCCUCUCUCAGGAUGGUGUUGUGAUUAAUUUGGCCUCCGAUGUAAAAGUUCUCCUCAGAGCCUGCGGGGAAAUGACAGUGGAAGUCAGCGAAAGCCUGGAAGGAAAACUCUGUGCCUCCUGUGGCAACUUCAAUGGAAAUGGUAUUGAUGACCUGAAGCUGCCCAAUGGGAACGUAGCAGGAAAUAUUGCUGAGGUCAUUGAUGCCUGGAAGGCCAAGGACUUCACUAGCUGUUGUAGCUGUUUGAAAGAAAUGGAGAAAGAUGGUUACAAUUUGCUGAGCCAGACAUUCCACCCAGCUGCCACGGCCAUUUCAUACUUAGCUGCAGAGGGCGAGGACGAGGGAAGCCAUGGACAGCAGUGGGAGAGCAGGACGGAUGUUGGGUAUUGUGGAGCAAGUUCCAGAGGGACGGAAUUUAUCACAGCCUUCCUGGAGAACGCAUACAAAAGUAACGGCACUCCUAAACUUCAGCUGCUUAUCACUGGAUAUCAUCCUGCAACCACCGUCACAGUCACAGUGAACAAAUCUACAUUUCAGAAAACGGUUUCUGUCAAUGAGAAGGAGACCGUGUCCAUUGUGGUUCCAGCCUCCUCAGAGAUGAAGGGGACCAACAUUUUUUAUCAGACUGUGCGGAUCCAAGCUGACAAAGAUAUAUCGGUGUUUUCUUACAAUGACAAGUUUUCAACAAGUGCUGCCACAGUCGUGUACCCAGUUCAGCAGCUGGGCACAUCAUAUUAUGUGGUAACCCCAGUGGGGGAUGCGGCAAACACUUUCAAGGAAUUUGCAGUUGUAGCCUAUCAGUUUCCCACUCAAGUCACUAUUCACCUGAAAGGGGCUGUGACAUUCCAAGGGAAGGUUUAUGGUGCAGGGAGCAGGCUUGUUGUUGACCUCAAAGCCUUCCAAGCCAUCCAGCUGCAAUGCUCAGUUGAUUUGUCUGGUACCAAGGUUGAAUCCGUUGCGCCCGUGGCUGUUUUGAGUGGGCACAUCUGUGUCCAGAAGUUCUCAUAUUGUGACCAUGUUGCUGAGCAGCUCUUGCCUGUUUCCAGCUGGGGCACCACCUUCAUAGUUCCCCCAGUGCCCUUCCAAACUCAGACUGACAUUGUGUAUGUCGUCGCUUCCCAAGAUAACACUUUGAUCCAAUACCAGUCUGGGGCCACUCCAGGUUCCCGCCGUGCAGUGGCUGGGGAAGUCAUCCAGUUCCAAAUGCAGCCAUCUCAGUCCUAUUUCUUCUCUGCCAAUGCAGGGAUCCAGGUCCUUUUCUUUUUUGCUGGUAACAGCAAGAAAUACGACCCUUUCCUCAUCAAUGUCCCUGCUUUAAACAGCUACUGCACAUCCUAUCACAUUGACGGGAUUAAGGAGCUUGAUAAUUUUGCUGUCAUCGUAGCAAAAACCUUAGAUUCAAAUGGGAUCACAUUAGAGAAGAGAGCCAUUACAAAUGCCAAGUGGACACGCAUCCCUGGAACAGAGUAUUCUUUCAGUCAACUUAGCUUGGGCAAAGAAGCCAGUGCCCUCUCUGUAGAGAAUCCCAGCGCUCCUUUUGGGCUCUUCAUUCUUGGAGGUGUACAUGCUGAUGGCUAUGGCUCUGUGGCCCUUUGCUCUUGCACCAAAUCCUGCCCUGAGAACAGCCAUUAUAAAGCCUGUGGAUCUCCUUGCCCUGCAACCUGCAAUGACCAAGUUGGGCUCCAAGACUGUUCCUCAUUGCCCUGUGUAGAGACCUGCCAAUGUAAUGAAGGCUUUGUGUUGGAUGCUGGGAAAUGCAUCUCCAAGGCUGCCUGUGGGUGCGUGUUUGAGGGGAAGUCCUUCUCGCCCGGUGAGCAGUUCUGGGGAGACAAAACAUGCACAAAACGCUGCAUCUGUGAUGCACAGAGCAAGCAAAUAAAAUGCCAGCCCGCCAGCUGCAAGAAUGGGGAGCAGUGCAAGGUAGAGAAGGGCCUCCAGAACUGCUACCCCACCAGCCGCGCCACCUGCUCUGCUUCAGGUGACCCUCACUAUCUCUCAUUUGAUGGACUGGCCUUUGACUUCCAAGGCACCUGCACUUAUACCUUGGCUAAGGCCAGCACAAACAACCGGCUCUUGAGAGCCUUUACUGUCAACGUGGAAAACGAGCCCUGGGGAAACAGGAAGGUUGCUGUUACCAAGAUGGUCUCAGUCACUGUCUACGGCAUUACACUCACAUUACUGCAGAGCAAGCAAGGUCAAGUGAAGGUGAAUGGCUUGAUCUACACCGUCCCUAUAUCCUUUUCUGCUGGGCGGAUCAGAGCCUAUCAACAUGGCACAAAAGUCCUGAUAGAAACUGACUUUGGUCUCAUUGUGAGCUACGACCUGGUUUACCACGUGACAGUCACAGUCCCAAGCACUUACCGUGGCCAGAUGCAAGGCCUCUAUCCUUUUCACAACGGGAACUACAACGGGAAGAAGGACGACGAGUUCCUGCUACCCAAUGGCGUAAUAACCUCUGACAUAGCUAAAUUUGGUGCUUCCUGGAAGGUCCGGGUCCCUGGGGCAGAUAGAUCUUGCUCAGAUGGAUGCUCUGGGAACAGCUGCCCAGUCUGCGAGGAAAGGAAGAAGGACGUUUUCAAACAGCGCAACUACUGCGGGGUCCUCACUGCGCCUGAUGGCCCCUUCAGUGCUUGCCACGGAAAGGUCGAUCCCGGUGUGUACUUCAGCAACUGCAUCUACGAUGUGUGCCUGGGCAACGGGGACAGCCAGGUGUUGUGCAACAGCAUCCAGAGCUACGUGUCUGUCUGCCAAGAGGCUGGGGUCUCUGUCAAGCCCUGGAGAAGCCCUUCCUUCUGUCUCCAACAACAGCUGGAUGGCCUCCAAGUGACGUACGAUUGGAACUGGCACCUGGUGAUCACUCUCCCCAGCAGCUACUAUGGGGCCAUGUGUGGGCUCUGUGGAAACUUCAAUCAAAACCCUGCAGACGACAUGGUCUUUCUCAAUGGCACCAAGGCUGCCUCCAUCAUAAGCUGGGCCAGCAGCUGGAAAGUCAAGGACCGGGACCCCUUUUGCUGGGAUUACUGUCGAGGGAAUUGCCCAACAUGUGAUGAGAGCAAGAGGGCGCUGUAUGGAAAGGAAGAGUAUUGUGGGGUGAUCAGCAAAACCUCGGGGGGUCCCUUCGGAGAAUGCCAUUCCAUAGUGAAUCCAGAUGACUUCUUUGACAGCUGCAUUUAUGACGUGUGUCUCAAUGGAGGGGCCAAGAACAUCCUUUGCCAGGCCUUGGAGGCCUAUGCUAAAACCUGUAGGAAAGAGGGUGCCGUCAUAUAUGAUUGGAGGACAGCCUCUGGCUGUGCCUUGCCGUGUCCUCAGAAUAGCCACUAUGAGUUCUGUGGCAAUGCCUGCCCCGCCAGCUGUGCCGACCGCAAUGCUCCCUCUGCAUGCAAACAGCCAUGCGUGGAAACCUGCCAAUGCAACGAUGGCUAUGUCCUCAGCGUCGACAAGUGUGUGCCUGUCGGGAGCUGUGGCUGCACCUUCAAUGGGCUCUACUACAAACCUGGAGAAGAAUUCUGGGCUGAUGAGACCUGUGGUUCCCACUGCACAUGUGAUCCCACCCUGGGCAUCGUGGUGUGCAAACCAGCUGGCUGCAAAGCCAGUGAGGCAUGCACUGUGGUCAACGGGGUCAGGGCUUGUCAUCCCGUAAGCACCGCUACUUGCUCAGCAGCUGGGGACCCUCACUAUACCACCUUUGAUGGGAAGAAAUAUGACUUCAUGGGCACCUGUGUCUACCAGCUGGCUGUGCUGUGCUCUAAGGACCCAACUCUCAAGUUUUUCACUGUCAAUGUGGAGAACAACCACCGAGGCAAUGAAAAUGUGUCCUACACCAAGGUGGUGACAUUGGAGGUCUACAAUGUCGUAAUCACACUUAGCCAGGAGUAUCCACGUAGGAUCCAGGUUAAUGAAGUCUUUGUGAACCUGCCUUUCUACCACGAAGACAAGAUAAAGGCUUAUAUCAGUGGGAGUGAGGUCUUCAUCAAGACUGAUUUUGACCUGACAGUAACCUUUGACUGGAACAGCUAUGUCAAAGUCAGUGUACCCAGUACAUAUGCCAAUGCUGUUUGUGGCCUCUGUGGCAACAACAACUUGAACCCCAGUGAUGACUUGACCAUGAAGGAUGGGAGACAAGCACCUAGCAUAUUCCAUUUUGCAGAGAGCUGGAAGGUGGCAGAGGUCCCUGGUUGUUCACAGGGUUGCACCACCGAUUGCCCACCAUGUGGAGAGGCACAGAAACAAGCUUAUAAGAGCAAUCAAUACUGUGGGAUCCUCAUCAAGAGGGAUGGGCCUUUCAGGCACUGCCAUGAGAUCAUCGACCCAACGCCCUACUUCAAUGAUUGCAUCUUUGAUGUCUGCCAGUAUCAUGGCCUGCACAACAUUCUGUGCAACGCCAUCGGCUUUUACGGGGCAGCCUGUCAGGAUCUGGACAUUGAGCUUGAAGAAUGGAGAUCAGAGUCUUUCUGCAGCCCUGCCUGCUCACUCAACUCUCACUAUGAGCUCUGUGGAAAUAGCUGCCCUGCCACUUGCCGUGGUCUCUCGGCUCCUGAUGGGUAUGAGAUGUCCUGCAAAGAAGGAUGCUAUUGCAAUCCAGGGUUCGUCUUCAGUGGGGACCAGUGCGUCUCCAUUGGCGAUUGUGGCUGUGAGCACCAGGGCAACUACUACAAGAAGGGAGAGGAGUUCUACCCCGGUUCCUCCUGCCAGGAACGAUGCCAAUGUACAGACAAUGGCGUUGUCAAAUGCCAUGAAAUCUCCUGUGGGCCCCACGAGGAAUGUAGGGUGAAGGACGGUGUCCAAGGCUGUCAUCCUGUAGGGUCUGGUACUUGCAGUUUGGCCGCAGGCUCCCACUACCUAACUUUUGAUGGACAGGCCUACGACUUCCAAGGAACCUGCACUUAUACUUUAGCUAAAUUCCAAGGAAAGGAUGCUCAGCUGGCAAACUUUGCCGUGUCAGUGGAAAAUGAAGGGUCACUGACUAAGAUGAUUGUAGUAUCUUUUCAUGGAUACACCACUGUCAUUGAGAAGGCAACAAACUGGAAGCUCAAGGUGGAUGGAGAGCUAUAUACACUGCCCAUGAAGACAAAGGAUGGGAAACUCUGGGCCAACCAGGAAGGCAACAAUAUCAUUGUCCAGUCUGACUUUGGUCUCCAAGUCCUUUUUGACACUUCCUCUUACGUCUUGGUGUCUGUCCCCAGUAACUACCAAGGACAUGUCAAUGGCCUAUGUGGUAAUUUCAAUAAGGACAGGACUGAUGACUUUACUCUGCCUACCGGGAAAAGUACCCAGAAUGUGGAAGAGUUUGGGGCCUCUUGGAAGGUUCCCAUUGAUGGUGCUAGAUGCUCCGAUGGUUGUGGAGAUAAUUGCCCCAUCUGUGAUGCAGCCAAGACAGCACCGUACCGACCCGAGAGUUCCUGCGGAAUGAUCCAAGCCAAAUCCGGCCCCUUCAGGGGCUGUCACUCCUUGGUAGACCCUGCUGAAUUCUUCAACCACUGUCUGUAUGACAUGUGUGCAGCCAAUGGUGCAGGAGAAACUCUCUCUCUCACCUGCCCACCCAAUAGCCAUUACAAGUUGUGUACAAGGUCCUGUGAUUCCACCUGCACCAGCUUGUCCACUGUGCCCCGGUGCACCAAAAAUUGCUUUGAAGGUUGCCAGUGUGACGGUGGCUACCUGUUUGACGGUGACAGAUGUGUGGCAAUGGGGAACUGUGGCUGCGUGCAUGACGGGCGCUACAUCAAGGUCAUACCUCUUGAGGUAAAUGGGCGCCAAAGGACACUCCCCGUGAAGUUUUCUGAAGAUGUCUCUAUAAGCCUGUCUCAGGAUGUGACUGUGAUUAAAUUAGCCUCGGUAGUAAAAGUUCUCCUUGGACCCAAUGGGGAAAUGAAAGUGCUAAUCAGCAAAACAUUGGAAGAUAAAGUCUGUGCCUCCUGCGGGAACUUCAAUGGAGAUGGUGCUGAUGAUCUGAAGUUGCCCAAUGGGAAGAUAGCAGGAAAUAUGGCUGAGGUCAUUGAUGCCUGGAAAGCUGAGGACUUCUCUGGCAGUACCUGUGGGAAAGAAUUUGUCACAGCCUUCCUGAAGAACUACUUGCCAAGCCAGCACAAUGUUUCAUUUGAGCUGCUUAUCACUGGAUAUCAACCUGCAACCACCGUCACAGUCACAGUGAACAAAUCUACAUUUCGGAAAACGGUUUCUGUCAAUGAGAAGGAGACUGUGUCCGUUGUGGUCCCAGCCUCCUCAGAGAUGAGGGGGAGCAACGUUUUUGAUCAGACUAUGCGGAUUCAAGCUGACAAAGAUAUAUCGGUGUUUUCCAUCAAUUACAAGGCUGUCACAACCUUGCCAUGCCCUCAGAAUAGCCACUAUGAGUUCUGUGGCAAUGCCUGCCCCACCAGCUGCGCCAACCGCAAUGCUCCCUCUGCCUGCAAACAACCAUGUGUGGAAACCUGCCAGUGCAAUGAUGGCUACGUCCUCAGCAUCGACAAGUCCGCUGUUAGUGCGUUGUCAAGCAUGGGGAUGAUCAAUCUCUGGACCAGGUUCUGUUUACUAUGGGGCAUUUCAAGUGGCCCUGCCUGGAUGAUGUUCAACAUACUCCCUGCCACAGUCUCCUCUAGCCCUUUAGGAAGAGAGUUCAUCACAGCUUUCAUGCAGAACGGCUUGCCACGGAUGUUCCAGGGAGAUUUUAAGCUGCUCAUCACAGGGUAUGCUCCUGCCACAUCCAUUACUAUCUCCAUGAAGCAGCCUGCCUUAAGAGUACAGACCGAGGUGAAUGCUGGCCAAACACUGUCAGUGAAAAUCCCACCAGAGGCGGAGAUGGUUGGAAGCAGUGUCUUUGAAAACACGCUCACUGUCCGGGCUGACAAGGACAUAUCCAUUAUCUCUCUGAACUACAAACCCCAGACAGCCGACACCUCCAUUGUCUAUCCCGUAGCAAGCUUAGGUACUGAGUACUACGUCAUUACCCCAAACGUGGGCACAGAUCGCUACAGAGAGGUAGCCAUCAUAGCUUGGGAAGAACCUACAGCAGUUGAGGUCUACCUGAAAGGGGCUGUUACAUUCCAAGGAAAAGUCUAUCCCCGGGGCACCGUGCUCCCCAUCUCACUCCAACCUUAUCAAGCUGCUCAGCUACAAAGCCAGGUGGACCUGUCAGGCACUAGAAUAGUCUCCCAGAAACCAGUAGCCGUUUACAGUGGACACACAUGCGUCUCCAGGCAAGUCCAUGCUUGUGACCAUGUCUUUGAACAGCUUUUGCCUGUUUCCAGCUGGGGCACCAACUUCAUCAUCCCCUCCUUGCCCUUUAACAUGGAGUAUGACAUGGUGUUUGUUUCCACUUCCCAAAAGACUCAUGCCGAUACUCAGAUGGGACAGAGCAAGAGAAGCCGGAAUUUGCCUGCUGCACGGGCGACAAUGUAUGGCAUUCAAGGGACAACUGCCAUGUCCCUCUCAGCUAGUUCUGGUGUCCAGGUGAUGUUCUUCAGUGAUGGCGGAACCUAUGGGAACCUCCAAUAUGACCCCUUCUUCAUGGCAAUCCCUGACAUCUCCAGCUAUUGUCAGGCCUACCACAUCUAUGGGCACGACCAUUUUGAAAACUAUGCCCUUAUCAUUGCAAAAUCUUCAGAGACUUCUGGGAUCACCUUGGAUAAGAGACCACUGAGUGGUCUUCAGUGGAAGCUGGUGUCUGGCACUGAAUACUCCUGGGCAUCACACAGCUUGGGCCAGGGAUAUACAGUCCACACAAUAGAACAUGCCUCUUCCCCCUUUGGGCUGCUGAGUGUUGGAAUUGGAAACGAGAAAGCUUAUGGCUCCCCAGCUAUUUGUGCAAAUGAUCCCUGCAAAAAGCUCCAGUGCAGGACUAAGGAAACAUGUGUGACGCAGAAUGGUCAAGCGAGAUGUGUCCAUGAGUACAUGGGGACCUGCCAAGGUUCCGCUGCUCAGGAUUUCCAGACUUUUGAUGGUCUGUUAGUGGACAUUCAAGACUCCUGCACCUACACCAUUGCAAAGUACUGCGGCAGUGACUCCACACUGGUCCCUUUCUCAUUGGAGGAGAAGAGCAGCAACCUGAACAGUCAGGAUGCCGCCAAGAUGCAGCUGAGCCAUCUCAAAGUGUAUGGCCACACGGUCACCAUUAACAAGGGAGAAAGUGUCCAACUCAUGCUGAAUGGUGUGGCAGCCAGCAUCCCUGCGAAUCUGGAGGGCGGAAAAAUCAAGGUUUCUGAGAACAAUGGAUUGCCCAUCAUUGAAACAGAUUUCGGCCUCCGUGUGAUGUAUGACACUGACUGGGUUGUAGUGGUGACUCUCCCCAGCAGCUACUAUGGAGCCACCUGUGGGCUUUGUGGGAACUUCAACACCGAACCCCAUGAUGACACGACUUAUCUGAAUGGUACCUCUACCUCCUCAAUGGUGGACUGGGCCAGGAGCUGGAAGGUCGAUGAUCAGGACCCUGCCUGUUCAGAUUCCUGCCAAGGAGAUUGCUUGGCCUGCAGUGCUAGACAGGAGGAACUGUUUGGCAGCAAAAGGUAUUGUGGGGUCAUCAGCCAAGUUUCAGGAGGCCCUUUUGGAGCAUGCCACCCCACUGUCAGCCCCACCAGCUACUUUAAUGAUUGUGUCAGUGGGAUGUGCUUAAAAGGAGGAGACAAAGACGUGUUGUGUCAAAUAGUGGAGACAUAUGCCUCCGCCUGCAAAGAAGAGGGCAUUGCCAUUGAUGAAUGGAAGGUGACAUCCGGUUGCGGACGAGCCCAGCCUGACCAACAGGCAAAUGAGACGUAUGCUGAAGAAAUCACUCCCCUAGGAAAUGCCCAUCAUUCAGCUGGUGAACCCAUCCACAGCAGCAAAGGCAAUGAGAAAUGCGCCCUGGUGAAUGGCGUGCGCCGCUGCAAGGGGACGACAUACUCCACCUGCAUAGGAACUGGCGACCCUCACUAUACCACCUUUGAUGGGAGGAAGUAUGACUUCCAAGGCACCUGCGUUUAUCAGAUGGCAGCAGUCUGCUCCGGGGACCCCACUCUCACCCCUUUUUUGGUCACAGUGGAGAACAACAACCGAGGGAGUAAGGCAGUGUCCUUCACCAAAGUGGUGACUCUGGAGGUCUAUGGCAUGAACAUCAGCUUGAGCCAAGAGCACCCACGAAAGAUUAAGGUGAAUGGAGUCUUUGUGGACCUGCCCUUCUCCUACGAAAAUAAACUGAAGGUCUACAUCAGCGGAGUCCAUGGCUUCAUCAAAACAGACUUUGAUCUGAGAGUCAGCUUUGACUGGUACAGUUAUGCCAGGGUUAUUAUUCCCAACACUUAUGCCAAUGCUGUGUGUGGUCUGUGUGGCAAUGCCAAUCAGGACCCCAGUGAUGAUUUUGUCAUGAAGGAUGGAACUCAGACGACAGAUGAAAUCCAAUUUGCAGACAGCUGGAAGUUGAAGGAGGUCCCAGGAUGCUCUGCAGGAUGCAGUGACUGCCCAGUAUGCAGUGAGGCAGAGAAACAGACCUACAAAGGGGACCAGUUCUGUGGGAUCCUCAAGAGGAAGGAUGGACCACUCAGACAGUGCCAUGAGACCAUUGACCCAACAUCCUACUUUGAGGAUUGUGUCUUCGACACUUGUCAGUACAAGGGUCAUCAUGACACGCUCUGCAGUGCCAUCAGUGCCUAUGUGACAGCCUGCCAAGCACUGGACGUCAAGGUUGGGAAAUGGAGAUCAGCCUCUUUUUGCAGCACUCCCUGUCCACGCCAUUCCCACUACGAGCUCUGUGGAAGUGGCUGUCCUGCCACCUGCAACAGCCUCUCAGAUCCAGAAGUGUGUGAGGCUCCAUGCACAGAAGGGUGCUUUUGUGAUACUGGCUUCAUCCUCAGUGGGGAUCAGUGUGUCCCUCCAGAAGAGUGUGGCUGCAUGCUCCAGGGCAGAUACUACAAGAAGGGAGAGGAGUUUUAUCCCGGUAGCUCCUGCCAGGAGAAGUGCCGCUGUCUGGACAAUGGAGCCACCACAUGCUGGCAGUUCUCCUGUGGAGCACACGAGGAGUGCAGGGUGGAGAAUGGCAUCCAAGGCUGCCACCCUGUGGGGUAUGGCACAACUAUAGCAUCUGGUGACCCCCAUUAUAUUUCCUUUGAUGGACGAAGUUUUGAUUUCCAUGGCUCCUGUACUUACACCUUAGCCCAAGUCUGCAGCCAGGACCCUCAUCUAGUGAAGUUCUCUGUGUUGGUGGAGAACGACAUGCUUGACUAUGGACGUUCUCCUAUUACAAGGACAGUUGUGAUCUCUGUUCAUGGAUACUCCAUUGUCCUUGAAAGGGGGAUGAAGUGGAAAGCUAUGGUGGAUGGAGAACUCUACACUUUGCCAAUGAAUACAGUGGAUGGGAAAGCCUGGAUCACCCAGGAGGGGAACAAUAUCAUUGUCCAUUUAUCCUUUGGCCUCACAGUCCUUUAUGAUAGGUCCUCGUUCGUCCAUGUAUCUCUUCCUAGUACCUACCAGGGACAUAUGUGUGGACUUGGGGGCAAUUUCAAUGGUGACACGAGUGAUGAUUUCAUGCUACCUAAUGGACAAGUCACCCAAAGUGUGGAAGAGUUUGGAGCCUCCUGGAAGGUCCCCGUGGAUGGUGCCAUUUGCUCUGACGGCUGUGGUGAGGAAUGCCCCACCUGUGCCACGGCGCAGACAGCACCAUACGAGGCCAAGAGCUCCUGUGGAAUGAUCCAGUCCAAGACAGGUCCGUUCAAAGACUGUCACUCUUUGGUGAACCCUGCUGAGUACUUGAGGCAUUGCCUGCAUGACAUGUGUGUGGCCGGCGGAGCUGCAGAGACUCUCUGUCGAAGCCUUCAAGCCUAUGCAGCUGCAUGCCAACUGGCUGGAGCCAAGAUUGGAGCAUGGAGAACAACCUCCUUCUGUUCUCUGCCUUGCCCAGCUAACAGCCAUUAUGAGUUGUGCACCCAAUCCUGCGAUUUCACAUGUGCUGCCUUAUCUGCUCCAUCUCAGUGCACCGGAGAUUGCUUUGAAGGUUGCCAGUGUGACACUGGCUAUGUGUUUGAUGGGGAAGACUGUGUGUCCAUGGACAAGUGUGGCUGUGCUUAUGAUGGGCGCUACAUCAAGGCUGGAGAGACCAUCCUCUCCAACAACUGCUCAGAAAAAUGCACCUGUCGUCCCUCAGGCCAGCUCACCUGUGCGGAAACCAGCUGUGCUGCAGGGGAGACCUGUGUGCUCACAGACAAGGUGCGCAGCUGUGUAAGGCAGGUAGGGCACUGCACACUCAGCCCAGGAGCCUGGUUCACCUCCUUUGAUGGAGCCAAAGGGAAACUCCUCGCUAGUGGCAUCUACAAGAUUGCCUCCUACUGUGAUGAGCAGUCACCAUCCUGGUUCAAGGUGCUGGUGGAUGUCAGUGAAUGCAAUGAAGACACUGUGCCAGCUGGGACAGCCGUCUAUGUCUUCUUCCGAGAAGCCUUCAUCUCAGUGACCAACUACAAGGAGACUUGGGUCAACGGGCUCUUGGUACAGCUUCCAUUGAAUGUCUCCAACGCCGUGUCUGUCACUGAAUCUCAGGACACCAUUGUCAUUAACCAAAGCUCCCAGAUGCAAGUUCUCUUCAGUCCCAACGGCAAAGUGACCGUGAGAGUGACGGAGAGCCUGGCAGGGAAGUUGUGUGCCCCUUGCGGGAACUUCAACAAUCAAGUCUCAGAUGACCUGCGGCUGCCCAGUGGUCAGAUUGCAGGAGACAUUGCUGAGGUCGUUGAUGCCUGGAAGGCUAGGGACUUCUUAGAGUGUUACUGAUACCUGCACGUGAGAUACUUCUUAGACUGCUAUAUCUAAAAUCCCAAUCUGGAAGCAUGCACUGGUUGCACAAGCACCUUAGAACAAUGCUGUAUUUGGGUUUUUUUAAAAAAAGAAACAUCCAAAAAGUCCUGCACGAGUGGAGCAUCCAGUUAAUAAACAUAAUGUGAUUAUCUACAAUAACUGAGAAUGGAGCCUUCAUGUACAGAAGCAGUAGCUCUGUGUACCACAAUUAGGGGAAAUAGCUCUCAGCUUCUUGUUCUGCUUGUCAGCUUUCCAUGAAGAUCUGCCUGGCAACUGUGGGACUCAAAUGUGCUCAAGUAGAUGGACCUUUGACCUGUUCUAGCAAUAUGAAGUCUUUUAUCUUCAGCCGGUCCAAAUGUUUCCUGAUGUUUGAUGAGAGUUCAGCAUCUGAUCCCUUGGUGGCUUGUGAAUUGCAGGAUGUUCAGAGAUGAAAAUGCAUAAACCUAUUGCACUCUAACCAAGCGCUGUAAAUUCAUGUCCUUAUCUCUAAAGAAGUAAACCGUUUGACAACCUUCUGUUCUAUUUGUACAAACUCCUUUUCUUGCACACCCAGGAUGGAUGCAUAUGCUAUGAAACGCCUCUCCAGUCUGAUUUAGCUUGGACCAUUAAGGUGGGCCUGCUAUGAAAUGUCAUCUGCACAAUUUGAGAUGAUUAGAAGCAGGAAAAUACAGAUGAGUCUAUUUACAGUUCAUGGGUCUCCAACUAAGUUAUACUUGGAGCAGACCCAUUGAAAUUAAUGGACAUAGCUUAGUCAUGUGUGAGCAUUUAAGGGUCUGCUCUGAGUAGGACUAGCAUUGUUCAUUCAUGAGUCAAUUCCAUCACAUUCCCACAGAAAUGUGUGAUUUUUUUUAAAAAAAUAUGUGUGUGAACAUUUGUAGCUAUAUAUAAAUAUAUGUCUUUUACAACAAAAUACAUAUUUUUUUCCUCAAUGCAUGCAUUUCCAAAUGCAUUUGACCCUAGAAUAAAUGUGCUUACAUAUUUUAGCAAGUUCUUGAGCCAAAAAACGCAUAUUGGAAAAUUCAGAAAAGUGUAAAAGUUCAUUCCAAUCAAGUUUCCCCCAAGUGUUAGCCAAAGACAUGUAGAAGGUCAUAUUCAUGCCAUCAUUACUCACAUGAUCUGCUCCAAUCAGCUGUUAUUUAUUACUGGGCUGUGUGAUGUAAGAAGCACUGGCUGGAAGGGAAUCUAAAGGAAAUGCUGUUUCCCUGAAGUCGUCUUAAAGGAUCUAGUAAAUUACUGAGUCUACCGCACCUAUCAAUCAUCUCCCCACCCCCACCCCUCUCUUAAAAGAAACUUUCAGGCUUACAUCAGCCCAGCCUCCCGACUGAGAAUCUGCAAAGGCUUGUUACAUAUGGUCAAAAUUAUUUUUCUAGAGACAAAUCUGCAGAUAUCUUUAUUGACAUUCACCAUGCACUUUUAUUUCGUAACAUCCUUCAUGUCUUUUUGCAGCUUACUCAGGCUUGGCAUGUGGCCAUGCUCCAAAGCAACAUUGUAAAAAGCAGCUGCACGCAACUAUCACUGGUGCAGCAGGCAGGUGCCAGUCUUGAUGGUCACUUUCAACUAUUGCUCACUGCAAGAGAGAGAGAAAAAAGAAUUAGACUGUAGUCCUUUACCCACUUACCCAAAAUUAAGCCCCAUUGAGACUUGCAUCUGAGCAGACAUGACUAGGUUUGUGGUGUCAGCUGGUCUUUGUGAUUCAAAAAUCAGAGGUACCCAG